AUGGCCAAAUCCCGGUCUGUUGCGAAUGUACAUGGCUCGGUCCCUUAUCGCCAGCUCGGCGCAGCUGUCUUGUUGGUGUUGCUUUCACUGUCAGUGACGGUGAUGUUCCAACGGUUCGCUCUUCGAAACGAUCGGCAGGCCGCAACCGUCAAGGGGCCGCAUCUUAGCAAUGAUACGGCAAUUCGGCCAAGGAUCAUCAGGACGACCCCUGUUGAGCUUUUGAAAAAUCGCACUCUUGUGGUUUUGAUUGGGGACUUGAGAUGCGGCGAAAAAGCCUGGGAAUCGCUGUACACCAACGUUCUUGACCACAAUCAGGCUGAUCUGGCACUCUUCACGCAGCCACCUUCGCAAGACGAGUACAAAAACUCCUCCCUUUUCGAACGUGCCAUGCACGUGGAAAUGAUUCCCAACUACACUGAUUGGUCGGACGCCUUGGAUCUCGUAGCUGGGCCAGCUUGGCGGAGAACGGUACCGCGGUCUCACCCAUCUCAGUCACACUCCAUGGUGCUCGGUGGCGUUCCUGGAUACACGGCCAGCGGCGCCGUUGUCAACAUGUUCAAGUGGUUUGUGUCCCAGCGUAUUGAGGAGAACAAUUGGUUGUCAAAGUACGAUCGCUACGUUGUCACACGAACCGAUCAAUACUACUCUUGUCCUUUGGAUAUUGCUAGUCUGGAUCCGCAAUAUCUCUGGGUUCCAACAGGGCAAGAUUAUAGGGGCGUUAACGAUCGACUCCUGAUUGCUAGUAAAGAGUUUGUGGUUUCAGCCUUAAGCACGUUGGUCCCUUUUCUGAAAGAUCCAUGGCGAUAUGCGUUUAUGCCGGCUAAUACAAAUUGCGAAAGGUUUUUAUUCUAUAUGUGGAUCGAUUCGGGUAUGGCGCAGAUUCUUCGUCGCUUUCCCCGCAGUAUGUUCACCUGUAUGGCGCCAACCGACACUUCAAGUUGGGGCAAGAUAAGCGGUUACGACGAAGGCGCCGAUCUGCAUUUGAAAUAUCCCAUGGAAUUUAAUUUCACAAAGAAGAGGUGCAGAUUAGAUAGUCGACGAUGGUGA